AUGGGCAAAAAGGAGAGAGCACAAGAAAGAAGAGAAAGGCGCCGCCAAGAGAUCUCUCUCCUUCGAACAAUUCCUUAUUCCGAUCAACAAAGAUGGUGGACUCCCAACACUAUUGCAGUGGUUACAGGUUCGAAUAGGGGAAUCGGGUUUGAGAUUGCACGACAACUUGCAUCUAAUGGGUUGACAGUUAUUGCCACCUCACGAGAGAUUACUGCUGGGGAAGAAGCAGUUAAGGUCCUAAAAGAAGGUUUUAAUGUGGUUUCCCAUCAGCUAGACAUUUCGGAUCCUUCAUCUAUUGAAACUUUUGUACAAUGGACAAAGGAGACUUACGGCAGCGUAGACAUACUGGUGAACAAUGCAGGAGUGAAUUUCAACACAGGCUCAGACAAUUCUACUGAAUUCGCUGAGAAGGUUGUUGCAACUAAUUUCUUUGGGACUAAAAACAUGAUUAAGGCCAUGAUCCCUUUAAUGAGACCUUCAGACUCUGGUGCUCGUAUUGUAAAUGUGAGCUCGAGACUGGGAAGAUUGAAUGGGCGGCGUAAUCGAAUAGGAAAUAUUGAUCUGAGAAAAAAGCUAGAAGAUGAUGAAUCCUUGUCAGAAGACUUAAUCGACCAGACAAUGGCUACAUUCCUAGAACAAGUAAAAGACGGCAGUUGGGAAAAUGGUGGAUGGCCUCAAGUUUAUACAGAUUAUUCCUUGUCGAAAUUAGCAGUGAAUGCCUACACGAGGAUGAUGGCAAGAAGAUUAAAUGGUCAGAAAAUAUACAUUAACUGCUGUUGUCCAGGAUGGGUGAAAACCGGCAUGACUGGUUGGGCUGGGCUUACUGGCCCUGAGGAAGGUGCUGAUACUGCAGUUUGGCUUGCUUUGCUUUCUGAUCAAUUACCAAGUGGCAAAUUCUUUGCCGAGAGGCGUGAGAUAAAUUUCUAG